AUAGUACAUACCGUUAUCAGAACUGUAGGACAGCCUCUUCUUUUUUAUCAUGAAAUACAGCUGGGUACUUAAUUUCCUCUCAAUAGAGCUUUGACUUGCUCCAAGCAAACCAAGUCUUUGUUCCUCUCAAAAUAACGCGUAAAUUCCUCGAAACUGCGUGUCUUUCUUCCUCCCAAUCACGGACCACGUAUACCAUCACCAUAUUUCAAAUGCUAUAAACCAAAAGCAUGUAGCAAAAGUUACUACUUCAACAACAAAACUACCAAGACUAGUAUGAUGUGCUUCAAAGAAACUGCUCUAAUGACUUUCCCUAUCUUUACUUUUAACAAACUCCCAAAAUUUUGGCUUCUGCUCCUUGUAGCUACCUCCUUUUUAGUCACUACUCUCCCCCAUGGAGCUAAAGACAUCAAUGAUAGUAAAGUUACAAACAUUGGCGCCAUCAUUGAUGUCCAUUCAAGAACCGGGAAAGAAGAGAAAACAGCAAUGGAAAUAGCAGUUCAAAAGUUCAACAAGAGGUCACCAAACCACAAUCUGUCUCUUUACUUUCAGGAUUCCCGGAGCAGCCCACUUCAAGCUGCUCGUGCUGCUGAAAAGUUGAUUGAAGAUAAUAAAGUGCAAGUGAUUAUUGGUAUGGAAAGAUGGGAUGAGGCAGCUUUAGUUGCUGAUAUUGGAAGCCAAGCUAAAGUUCCAGUUCUUUCAUUUUCUGCACCUGCCAUAACACCGCCAUUAGCAUCAUCUCGAUGGCCUUUCUUGAUAAGAAUGGCUCACAGUGAUUCUAACCAAAUAAGAUGCAUUGCAGCAGUUAUUCAGUCUUAUAACUGGAGGAGGGUUGUCACUGUUUACGAAGAUUAUGCAUAUGGUGGCGAUGCUGGCAUGCUGGCUCUUCUAUCUAAGUCUCUUCAAGAUGUUGGUUCAGAGAUUGAAUAUAACUUAGUUCUUCCACCAUUUUCCUUCGUAUCUGAUCCAAAAGAUGUUGUUCGAGAAGAACUGACAAAACUACUAAGUGAAAAAAUACAAUCUCGGGUUUUUAUUGUGCUCCAGUCAUCGUUGCCCAUGAUGAUUCAUCUGUUUAGAGAAGCUAAGAAGAUGGGAUUUGUAGGAAAUGACAUGGUUUGGAUACUUACAGAUACUGUUACAAAUUUCUUGGACAUAGUUAACACUUCUGUUAUCCACUCCAUGGAAGGUGCUCUGGGAAUUAAGAACUACUAUUAUGAUAAUACGAGUUCCUACCAAACUUUUCUUACCCAAUUCCGGCAGAAAUUCAUAUCUGAGUAUCCAGAGGAAGGUUACUAUGAGCCAGGAUUCUAUGCUCUACGAGCACAUGACAGCAUUGCUAUCAUCACUCAGGCCAUGGACAGACUGUCUAGGAACACUAGCAGUCCAAAAGUGUUUCUGGAUAGCAUAUUAACAACCAAAUUUGUUGGUUUAAGCGGCGAGAUAAAUGUCAAAGCAGGUGAGUUGUUGCAUAGCCCUAUGCUGAGGAUUGUGAAUGUGGUUGGAAGGAGAUACAAGGAGCUAGAUUUCUGGAUACCUGAGUUUGGAUUCUCAAACCAACCUGUGGUGGCAAAAGGUGGAGCUGGAAAUAGUACAGAAGCUAUAAGGUUGAAAGGGCCGGUGAUUUGGCCGGGCGACCUACAACGUAAUCCAAAAGGCUGGUUGAUGCCUAAUGAUACAAAGCGGAUGAUUAUUGGUGUUCCUGGUAGGACCUCAUUUGAGAAGUUUGUGAAAGUAUCAACAAACGCUGCUGGUAAAGAGGAAUAUGAUGGUUUCUGCAUUGAACUUUUUUAUAAGGUGCUUAAAGUUCUGACUUAUGAUCUGCCUUACAAAUUUGUACCCUACAACGGCAGCUAUAAUGAUCUGGUGGAUCACGUGUACAACAAGACGUACGAUGCCAUUGUCGGCGAUGUAACCAUACUAGCCAGCAGAGCAGAAAAAGUUGAGUUUACUCAACCAUAUGCAGAAUCAGGAUUGUCAAUGAUAGUUCCAGCAAAGUCUCAAGAGUCAGCAUGGAUGUUUAUGAAGCCGUUUACAAAGGAAAUGUGGUUGGUCACUGGUGCCGUAUUGAUCUACACAAUGUUCAUAGUUUGGUUCUUGGAGCAUCACACCAAUCCUGAAUUCAACGGCCCAUGGAAGAAUCAGAUUGGCACAGCUCUCUGGUUUACUUUCUCCUCUCUUUAUUUUGCACACAGGGAGAAGAUAUACAGUAACCUCACCAGAGUGGUUCUUGUCGUGUGGCUUUUCGUAGUAUUGAUCUUAAAUUCGAGCUACACUGCCAGUCUCACUUCAAUGCUGACUGUCCGACGUCUGCAGCCAAAUGUUACUGAUAUUGAGUGGCUGAAAAGGAACAGCUUAAAAGUUGGCUGUGAUGGAGAUUCAUUUGUACGGAAUUAUCUGCAAACUGUGCUUGGAUUCAAACAAGAGAACAUCAAGAAUGUUAGCUCUGAAUACAGCUAUGAAGGAGAAUUUGAAAGUGCCAUCAUAUCUGCUGCCUUUCUUGAACUCCCAUAUGAGAAAGUUUUCAUCGGUCAUCACUGCAAACGAUAUAGUGCAACCACACCUACCUACAGAUUUGGUGGACUAGGCUUUGUAUUUCAGAAAGGCUCUCCUAUCGCCGCAGAUGUUUCCAAAGCGAUCCUGAAGCUAUCAGAAGAUGGAGAACUAAAAAAUUUGGAAGAAAAGUGGUUUGCUCAGUCGCGACAGUGCUUAAGCAAUGCAACUGACAAUGAUAAAACUGAAAGCUUGAGCCUGCAAAGCUUCUGGGGUAUCUACAUUAUAACCGGUGCCACUUCGACCAUUUGUUUUCUCCUAUUUCUGUUUCACUUGCUGAAAAACUACCAUAAACAAGAAGUGGAGGACAGAGGCAAUGCAACUCCAAGUGAUAAGAGUGUUUGGGAAAAAACAGUUACUCUAGCAAGGUAUAUCUAUCAUGGAGAGACUGUUACUCCAGGAGAAUCUCCAAUUCCUAAUCCUUCCCCUGAUAUCCAUGAAUGGAACUCUUCCAAUUUGGAACUCUCUAAUCCUGAAGACACUCACGAAAAUCUUCUCUCCUCAUCACCAGCUGAAAUUGAAGUUGUAAAAAUUCCAGAUUCUGACACCCAAAAAAGCAGCAAUGUGGUCUGACGCUCUCUUUUCGCAUAUAUAUGUACUGCUAGGUGUAAUUGAGCUGAUUUCAAUAGGCUGGUUAGAUUUGGAUAUUUUGGCUACUUCAGGUCUGAUUCAAAACACAUCUCCAAACUAUAGUAAAUAUGUGAAAGAUGCAAACCUAGAGACACAAGUAAUUAUCUUUGACGACUGAUUUGUGGCCAAAUAUAUGUAACAAAAAUCCUUUGAUAUUUGUAUUUUCCAUUGGGGUAGUCGUAUAGGCUUGUAUAAAUAUCCUCAAUACUUUUUGUGAGAUACAUGAAAUAUACAAUUUUCAUUUUGUUUUUACAUGA